CAUUGUCCGGAGAAUGAGAUGCAAAGCUUUUGGGCCUUGUCAAAAGAUUGAGGUUAAUCUUUGUUUACGUGCGUGAAUAUCGUGAAAUAAAUAUUUACUUUUUUGCGUUUCUAGCUCUCGAUAGUGGUUGUUUGUAGUGAUUUCUGUGAAGUGACUUGCGGUUGUUUGAGUGUUAAUAAAGUGAAGAUUAUUGUUCAUUAGUUUUCAGCUUUCGGCAGUAGUUGAAGUGAUUUCGGUGAAGUGGUGUAGAAUUUUCAUAGUUUUAUCAUUACUGUUCUUUUUUUCACUCUUUCACUUUUUAUAUUUUCAGGAAGUAGUAAGUAAUCAUGCCUUGGAUUUGUGCUGCAUUCAAUUGCAAGGCUCGAUAUAAGAAAGGCGAAAAUUUGAAAUUUCAUUCCUUUCCGAAGGAUGAAAUAUUAAGGAAAAAAUGGACUUUAGCUUUGAGGAGAAUAAAUUUUAACCCGUCAGCUAGUUCAAAAAUUUGCAGUAGGCAUUUCAAGGACGAGGAUUACUUGAAAAAUGCCUAUGGCAAUAAUGUCCUUAAGAAGGAAGCAAUUCCAUCGGUUUUCGAUUUCCCAAAUCAUUUAGGGAAAAAGGAAAUCCUCAGAAAAUCCUCAAUAAAGAAAAAAGUUGAAGAAAUAGAUCCCGAAUCAAUCGAUACUCCAUCCAUUCCUGAAGAGAGUUUAGGUGUAGUGAAUAUUUCACAACUGUGUGCUCCUGCAGCCACAGAUAACAGAGUAGCUACAGUUAUAGCUUCUCAGGAACUAUCGAUUCACAAACCUAGAGAUAAUGACUUGGAGGUUGGAAUAAGUAGUAGAAAAAGGAAAUCAACAAGUUUAAAUAUUCAACCUAUCCACUGGCCCUUUCACAACCAAAAAAUAUUAGUUGUCUAAUUCCACACAU